AUGGCGACUUCAACAAAGUAUUGCGACUUCUUGGUAAUUGGAGGUGGCAGUGGAGGUCUUGCCGCGGCUAAGAGAGCGAGUGGACGGUAUGGUGCAAAGGUCAUUGUAGUAGAGGCAAAACGAUUAGGAGGAACCUGUGUCAACGUUGGAUGUAUUCCAAAGAAAAUCACCUGGAACGCAGCAAAUCUCGCACAGAGUAUGCGUGAAGCCAAGGCCUACGGCUUCUCGGUCGAACAGAGGGCGGCUUUCGAUUGGGCGAGCUUCAAGGCAAAGCGAGAUGCAAUCAUUAAGAACCUGAACAAUAUACACGAGCGCAACCUCGAGAAGGACGGCGUUGAAUACAUCCACGGCCGAGCACGCCUUGUAGGCAAGAACGAGUCCAUGAUAAAGCUCGAUUAUGGUACCGAGAUCAAAGUCAACGCGAAGAAGAUCCUGCUUGCGACUGGUGGACAUCCUGCAGUUCCCCAGGGAAUUCCCGGAGCCGAACAUGGCAUCAAUAGCGAUGGCUUCUUUGAGCUCGACCAUCAACCUAAGAAGGUAGCAAUUGUUGGAGCCGGUUAUAUCGCUGUAGAGUUUGCAGGAAUGCUCAAUGCCUUGGGAACAGAGACGCAUGUUUUCAUUAGGCAUGAAAAGCUUCUACGAACCUUUGACGAGAUGAUUCAAGAUGGUAUCCUUUCAGAGUACGAGCGAGUAGGCCUACGCAUUCACAAGGAAAGCAAGGUUGAGAAAGUCACCAAAACAAGAAAGCUUACUCUACACUACUCUGACUCAACUGGUCAAGGCAAGCUCGAGGACCUGGAUACUCUGAUUUGGGCCAUCGGCCGAACGCCAGAAGUGCAAGGCCUUGGUCUAGACGUCGUGGGUGUCAAGCAAAACGAGAGGGGUCAGAUCAUCACAGACGAGUACCAGAACACCAACGUGGAGAACAUGUUUUCCCUCGGCGAUGUAGUCGGCAAAAUCGAGCUUACUCCAGUCGCAAUCGCCGCCGGCCGCAAGCUGAGCGAUCGGCUCUUCGGCGGUGAAAAACUCAACACAAGCAAGCUAGACUAUGACCUAAUUCCCUCUGUCGUCUUUGCCCAUCCUGAAGUUGGCACUAUUGGCCUCACGGAAGAAGAGGCCGAGAAGAAAUACGGGAAGGAUAAUAUCAAGGUCUACAAGUCCUCCUUCACGGCGACUUAUUAUGCCAUAAUGGAGGAUAAGGGGCCUUCAAAGUAUAAGCUCAUUUGCCAGGGGGAGGAGGAGAAGAUCGUGGGACUGCAUAUCUUGGGCUUGGGGAGUGCGGAGAUAUUGCAAGGAUUUGGGGUGGCGAUUAAGAUGGAGGCUACGAAGAAGGAUUUUGAUAGCUGCGUUGCGAUUCAUCCGACAAGUGCAGAGGAGCUAGUCACCCUUAAGUAG